AUGCGCACUCUUUGGUGGGGGUGCACCGCCGCGGGGGUGGAUGACGAAGGAAGAACGGCCAAUCAGAGGCUGGCAAGCCAACGUCAACUGCUCGACGCGCGUGGCCUCUUAUCACAGAGUCAUCCGGAUAGCCUCACCGCCCACCGGCUGUGCAAAUCAUGUAUACCGACUCGUCGUCUCUAUAAAUUCUGCUUCAGUCUAUGUACAUGGACUGGUAUAUCAUCGAACCCCCUUGUUUCCAUCCUUAACCCCCGACCGCGUAUCGGCCUUUCGUUCACUUCGCUCGCCUUUGCCUUUAGACGUCGGUCACAUCACCACUCGCUGCCCGCCAUCAUGGAUCGCAUACGAAAUAUAUUCCAAAGAGAGCUCUCUGAAGCCUCUUAUGAGCCUCUCCAAGGUGGCUCGGAGCGGGAAGAUGGGGAAGAAAUUGAGCAAAGCAAGCAGGCGGACUUCUCCUGGAUAGACUAUAGCGUCUUCCUUUUGCUAGGCAUCGCUAUGUUAUGGGCAUGGAACAUGUUCCUCGCCGCAGCUCCCUAUUUCCAACAGCGCUUCGAAUCCGACGAGCGCCUUCUCCGAAACUUUCAACCUGUUGAGCUCGUCGUCUCAACACUAGGGAAUUUAGGCUCCAUGCUUGUCUUGACCAAACUCCAGGCUCACGCGUCCUACCCUACACGCAUUAUCGGUUCACUCGUGCUAAAUGCGGCCGUCUUUGCUCUUCUCGCCAUGUCUACCCGUGUCUUUCCUGCUGCAACCGCCACUGGAUACUUUGCCUUUUUUGUCAUCGUCGUAUUCGCAGCUAGCUGGGCCACGGCUCUCUGCCAGAAUGGAGUCUUCGCAUAUGCAUCUGGAUUUGGAAUACCUGAAUAUACGCAGGCCAUCAUGACAGGUCAGGGUAUUGCUGGCGUCCUGCCCUGCAUAACUCAAAUUGUCUCUGUGCUCUCAGUCCCAGCGAAGACGGACGGCCACGAUGCGCCUAAACAGUCCAGCACGUCCGCGUUUGUUUAUUUCUUGACUGCCACUGUAAUAUCCUCUGUGACUAUGCUGGCCUUCUUCUAUCUUUUGUCGCGCCACAGUUCACGAGAGCGCAUCAAGCAGGUACUGGACCAAGAUGAUGGGGUGCCCGUAUCUGAUAUACCUGAACGCAAGGCUGUUCCUCUGACAACGCUUUUCAACAAGCUGUACUGGCUCGCUUUGGCCGUCUUCUUGGACUUCGCCCUCACCAUGUUCUAUCCUGUCUUUACGCAGCAGAUAUUGAGUGUUCGCGACCCAGCUACCGCCCCUCGACUAUUUCACCCUGCCACGUUUAUACCUUUAGGCUUUUUGAUCUGGAAUGUGGGAGAUUUGCUUGGCCGCAUGCUUCCUAGCGUCCCAGCCUUGAGCUUGACUAUGCGCCCCCGCCUGGUUUUCUUCCUUACGGUCGGUCGUAUCGUGUUUAUACCAAUCUAUUUCAUGUGCAACCUGGGAGGCGAAGGCGCGGUAGUCAACUCAGAUGUCUUUUAUCUGUUUGUGGUCCAGUUCUUUUUCGGUGCCUCGAAUGGCUUCAUUGGGACCACUUGUAUGAUGGGUAAGGCGGAGUGGGUGGAUGAAGACGAGCAAGAAGCUGCAGGCGGCUUCAUGUCGCUGUGUUUGGUCGCCGGACUGGCAGUCGGCAGUUUCCUCAGCUUCCUGGUAGCCUAG